CCCCCACCCCCCCCACACGCGCGAUCCCAUCACAAUCCCAUCCCGCAUCUGCGCCGCCACCGCUCCCUCUCCUCCCUCCCACGAAACCCUAAUCCUAGCAAGCAUCCUCCUCGACCCCGGGAGAGGAGCGGCGGCGCCGGGCAGGAUGUCCGCGGCGGUGUGCGGGAAGCGGGCCGCCUCCUUCUUCGAGGAGCAGCAGCAUUCCCCGCACGCGGGCACCCCUCCGCCCUCCAAGCGCGCCCGCUUCCGUGCCGGCGGCGGCAGCGGGAGCCCCUCGCCGCCACGGGCCCGCGGCGGCGACCCGGGACUUGUGGCCGCGAUCCGCGUGAGGUUCCCCUCCGUGAGCCUCGAGUUUAUUGAGAAGGCUCUGGAAGAGUGUGGAAACGAUUUUGAUUUAGCAACAAAGUACUUGCUUAAUCUCCCUGCACAAUCUGCCAAAUGUGAUGCAGCUCCUGGGUAUCAACCUCCCAACGGGAUGACUACUGAGGAUCAAGUUCCUGCAGAAGGUAUUUUGGUUGACAAUGAGGUUGCUGCACCUGUAGAUAGUGUUCCUUGGGCAGAUAACCUUCCGUCAAGCAGCAUUCAAUGGUCUGAGAUUCUUGUGAAUGAGAUGUUGAGUGCCUCUAACACGGAUGAUGCAAAGGCACGUGCUUCUAGAGUACUUGAGGUUUUUGAGAGGGCCAUGACCUCUCGUAUUGGUGCAGAAGCACAUCAAAGUUUCCAGAAGGAAAAUUCAAUUUACAAGGAACAAUUUGAAGCUGCUAUUAGGGAGAGCACUAUUCUGAAGAAAGCGUUUGCUAUACAGCAUGAGCGCCAAAAGGAGCAAGAUGAGAGAAGCCAGGAGCUUCAGCAACUUAAGCAGUUGGUUGUUCAGUACCAGGAACAAGUUAGAAGCCUUGAGGUAAACAACUAUGCCUUGUCCAUGCACCUCAGGCAAGCGCAGCAAGGCAGCUCGAUUCCAGGGCAUUUCCACCGUGACAUUUUCUGAAUAAGAGGAAACCUGAACUGGGUUUCCAUAGCAUCAGGAUAGCAUUUCAGCCUUUCGGUUAGGGGCUUGUCUUGUUGUUGGCCUAUAUUUAUGUAUUUAACAUAUAUAGCCAAGUGAUAACAUAGCUUAAUUUAUGUUGUAUACCAGUGUAAAUGUAUGCCCUAUGUUGGCGUGCUGCUGCCCUGCAGUUCGGAGCUGGGAGAGCAAGCAGCCCAACAUUGGCAUACUGUUUGUUGAACAACCGAUGUUACGGCAUCAUCAAUUGAGAGAAAAGAAAAGAGAAAAGGGCUUUUAUACCCA